CUACAACAUUUUUUGUUGAAAUCUCAUGCUUUGUUGCCGGUCCUUUUUUAUAAUUUUGGAUUCGGAUAAUUCGGAUUCCGUUUCGUGCCGUUGGCCCUCCAAGGCACGAAAUGCCCGUCGUACAGUAUUAUUUAUAAUAUUAAUGGCAAAAACACAUUGAACUAGUUCAGCCCUAUCUAAAGCGUCGUUACUCAACACUACUCAACUGGUGAAGCUGAAAAGCACGGUUAAACUCGGACCAUUUUGUGGACGAUGAAGCAGGGACCGCAGAAUGCAGAUCUAUAGAUACGAGUACAUUUCUGCAAAAGGGCGUUCGACGCUCCCUAUCCAAACGCAUCGAAUAAUGGAAUGGAUCAAUCAUUCCGCACUCCCCUUGCAGAACAAAUGCUUAUGAAACACCCAUUUUGUUUUUCGUAUCAAAAGUAUCGAUAAAAUCAAGUAUGGUACUCAAAAUAUUACACCAAAAACAUAUUUUGUUGAAAAGGCCUGCUUUUUGUGUCAGUGGCACAAUUACUUUCCUGGCACUGAGAACUUUAGUCGAGAUCUUAAAAAAAUAGUGUAUUAAAAUUAAAAUGGGUCAUCAAUAUCCAGUUACAAUACCGCCAAAUGCUGAAUUAAAAGUUCUGCCUGUAGCAGACCAGCCGGGUAUCGAGAAGGAGCCGGUGAUUAUCAAGUUUAGGAGGUCGAUUGGUCACGGCGCUUUUGGGCGUGUGUAUAUCGGAACCGUUAACUAUUCCCGCAAGGCGAUGGCCAUCAAGCAGACCUGUUUGGACACGUCCCUCUGCUACCGCGAGCCGGAGAUUAUGAACCGGCUGCAGGGACACUGCAACAUUCGGCACCUGCACAUGCACACGAUUGUACCGUUGGGGAAUCCCCCGCAAAAGUACAUGCUGCUGGUCAUGGACUACCUACCCAUGACCCUGGAGCAGUUCAUACGCCGUUCGCUGCAACGUAGUAAUGGCAUUGACCUGGUCUACAUUCGCAUAAUCUCCUACCAACUCUUCCGGGGACUGGCCUAUCUGCACUCCAUGGGGAUCUGUCAUCGCGACAUCAAGCCCGAGAAUCUGAUGAUGAACGACCGGACGAUGCUGCUCCAACUGUCCGACUUUGGCAGUGCCAAGUUCCUGCGCGCGAAGGAGCCAAGUAUCACCUACAUCUGUUCGCGUUUCUAUCGCGCCCCAGAAAUGUACGCCAAUUGUCGUUACUACAACUGUUCCGUGGACAUCUGGAGCGCGGGCUGUGUGCUGGCCGAACUGUUCAAGGGGGAAGCACUUUUUAGUAGCGUCCACCACAACGAGGAGCAACUGCGUUGGAUGGUUCAACUGCUGGGCACUGACGGUCUGCAGCAUGCCCCGGAGAUUCGCCAGAUGUGUGGGGCUAAGAAUCGCACACUUCCCAUAACUAGACGUCGCACCUGGGAUAAGAUUCUAGGCAGGGCCGUGCCUCCAGAUCUGGCCGAGGUGCUGAACCGCUGUCUGGUCUACGACCCCAAGGCGAGGAUCUACCCCUUAUAUGCCUGUGCCCACGAAAGCUACGACGAGCUGCGCAGCAUGGAGUUCCUGGACAUGAAAAUGCCGAACGGCAACGAACUGCCGCCACUGUUCAACUUUAGCAAGUACGAGCUGAAUAUCCAUUCAGAAUUGUGGGUGCAUCUGCUGCCCCUGUACCUGUACAAUAAGUAUAAGCCAAGCGGACCCAAAAAAAUUAUGGGGACUUUUACAAAAUAA